UGACGUGCGGAUUACAAGCAAAGACAAUGUUGGUGACAAUCAUGGUUUUGGUCACUGCGGCGACGUUGGUGAGGUCGUCCCCAGUGGUGGGACCCGAGCCCAUCCGCUGCGCUCCUUGCACCCAGGAAAAGCUGAGUGAGUGUCCCGCCGUCCCGGCCGGCUGCAGCCAGGUGUUGAGGGAACCGGGCUGCGGCUGCUGCAUGGCCUGCGCCCUAGAAAAGGGAAGUGCCUGCGGGGUCCACACGGCCCACUGCGCCCUUGGCCUCAGGUGUGUGCCCAGGCCUGGCGAGGUCAGGCCUCUGCACGCCCUCACCCGCGGGCAGGGGGUCUGCACGGAAGAGCAAGAGGGUGCUGAAGAGGAAGCAGACCACAGCUCCCUGCAGUACAUGUUAAGUAUGCCCGAUCAAGAUGCCCCUGACGCCCAGGAGAGCAUCAAGGCCAAAGUUAACGCCAUCCGCAACAAACUGGUACAACAGGGUCCCUGCCACAUUGAGCUUCACGCUGCCUUGGACACCAUCGCCAGCUCCCAGCAGAACCUCGGUGAGAAGUUCACCACUUUCUACCUCCCCAACUGCGACAAACACGGCUUCUACAAGGCCAAGCAGUGUGAGUCAUCUCUGGUGGGACCGCCUGCUCGCUGCUGGUGCGUCUCAGCCUGGAAUGGCAAGAUCAUCCCCGGAACCGGCGACAUCCCUGGUGAUUCAGAGUGCCACCAGGAAGUCACUCACUGAAAAUGGAAGUGACCCACACGAAAGCACAGCUUCCUUCUCUCAUGAGGACAAAUUGUAAAUUAUUUUAUUUAUUCAUGACAAGUCACUUAAAAAAAACCUUUCCUCUUUUCAAUUGUAAAUAGGACAACACUGUAUACAUUUGUAUUUCUGACUAAAUAACUCCAUCCCUCUGCAACCACCGCCAAGCCUCAUUUCAGGGCCUUUUUUUUUUUUCUUUUUCAAUUCAUUCACAUCAACACUGCCGCUCAUUCAUGCAACAUGUUGACAUUGUCUGCAUGCAUCUUCAUUUCCUCAAUGGGGGAUACUUAAAGUGCCGCAAGUAUGUGUAUGCUGGUCAAGCACAAACAUAUCAGGGCUCAUCCAAGCUCGUCUACCUCUGCAGUUACCCGCUCCUGUUUUUUUCUUCCCCCACGUCUGUCCACAGGGUCACUGCUUUUUUUAUUGUUGUUUUUCCCAACAUAUAUUCAUGCAUUUAUUCUAAUAUUUAUUAUGUAUCUGUUUCUUCUUUUGUAAUUGAGCACUGCAGUCAUAUUCUGUUAUUUAUGUAUGUGCAUAUGUUUAAUACACAGUUUCAUGAAA